AUGACAACUCAAUCAACGAUAAUUUCCGCUUUAAACACUUUGGAAUACCUUAAUGAAAAACUCCUUUUAAAUGAAAUAAAUGAGAUAAAUUGUGAUUAUGGGGGAAGUUACGAUACGAUCAUUCGUGUUGGAGCCGAACCUGACGUAAAAGAAUUUAGGGCUGGAUCAAUCAUUCUAUGCUCUCGUUCUUCUUAUUUUCGCACAGCUUUGUCCUCUGAAUGGGCCAGAAAAGAAAAUGAUGUUUUCAUUAUUGACAAACCAAACGUUAGACCGGUUGUAUUUGAUAUUAUCCUCAGGUACUUAUAUAUUGGCGAGUUAAUGUUGGAUAAUCUUGAUUCUGACGAGAUUUAUGACCUGUUUAUCGCGGCCGAUGAAUUCAUGUUGGACGACCUUAUUGACAGCAUACCGGAUCAUGUCGGAGAAAACAUGGACUUUUGGCCAGAACAAGAUUGUAUUCCGGUUUUACAUUAUAUAUAUGGAGUGGAAUCUUUUUACAAACUACGCCGUCAUUUGGUUAAUAAAAUCAACACCAAUCCUAAUUGGUUGAUAGAUGCCGAAGACUUGAACACUUUGGAAGAAACGAUCCUCCUCUCCCUUUUACGACAGUAUAAUUGUAACCUUGAGCAAACUGUUCGUUGGGAACUCAUCAUUAAAUGGGGUUUAUCACAAAACCCUUCCCUUGACGGGGAAAAAUUAUCAGAAUGGUCGGAUGAUGAUUUCAAAUUGCUCGGAAGGACCGUUGGAAACCUUUUACCGUUGGUUCAAUUCGCGGAAAUUUCUCGAAAUGAUAUUCAUUCAAACAUUCUUCCUUACGAAAAGAUCUUAUCAUCUCAAGAAAUGGAUAAUUCCGCUUUAAAAUGGUAUUUAACGAGAUAUAGUCCUAAAGGUUCUCAAGGAUUAAAGGAUUCAAAUCUUAUAAAUCAUGUUCAUGCCGCACAUUUUAUUAAAUGGAUCGGUUCCUUACAAAGGCAAGAACUUGAUGGUGAAAAGCAAACGAAAACUGCUUGCAGAUAUAAAUUUGAUUUGAUCUUUAGAUCAUCAAGGGAUGGAUUUGAGAAUUUCGCCGAGAAAUGUAAUCAACAAGGUCCAACUUUGGCGGUUGCAAAGAUAGCAGGACAAAGGUGUUUAGUAGGAGGAUUUGACCCUUACGGACUUUUUACAGAUAAAAAAUCGAUUAAUGUACAGGAUGGUUUUAGCGUCAAAGAAAAUUUCGUUUUCUUCUUUGAUAAUCGAGAAAAUGUUUCAAAAUCUGUCUUGUGCCGUCUAAAUAGAUUUGACACUUUAUAUAAGCAUUUCUUAUCGGAAGAUGGUCCAUGUUUUGGUGAUUUAAGAUUAAUUUUAAGAUAUGAUAGUGGUUGUUACGUACCUUCUUAUUAUGCAAAAUAUUCUUCUCACAUGUAUUUUGAUAUUGAGGAAUGUGAGGUAUUUAGAGUCGUUAAAGUUGAUAAAAAUAGUCCAAGACGAAACAGUUACGUUCAACCUUAUAUUAAUGAUACUUAUGAUUAUGAGAAAAGUUUCAUUGAAGAAU